UUUUGUAGGCGAGUGUUGCAGAUGAGAGUAGUGAAGGAUGAACGCUCCGCCAACGUUUGAGUCGUUUCUGUUGUUCGAAGGAGAGAAAAAGAUCGUGAAACUCGGGGAUACGAAAGUGCCGAACGCAGCCAUCUUCACCAUCAAUAAGGAAGAUCAUACGUUGGGAAACCUCUUGAAACAUCAAUUGUUGAAGGAUCCGAACGUUUUAUUCGCGGGAUACAAGAUCACGCAUCCCUUGGAGCACAAAAUUUUGCUUCGGGUACAAACUGCACACGAAACCACUCCGCAGGAGGCGUUGAUGAACGCUAUUACUGACCUCAUUUCCGAAUUAUCGCUUUGGGAAGAACGAUUUAAGACGGCGCUUCAAGAUAAGCAGGACGGAGACUAG